AUGUUGUAUCGAGGAGAAAAAGUAGUUAAUAUGUUUAAAUUGUUUAGACUUCAAAGUUAUUGUAUAGUUAUUCUUGCUGGGAUAUUAUAUGUGCUCCUUCACAAUGUGUCAUUAAUAAAUGAAGAUAAUGGUUUUCAUAUAAUCCCAUUUAAUAAAGCAUUAGGAAGAAAACUAUAUGAAAACAAUAAUGUAGAUAAACAUUUAAAUUUUUCUGUGUCUUUAGAAAAUGUGAAUGAUUUGGCUAAUAGUACAAAGAAGGAAAUUGAACCUAAACUACAAGAGAUAUUAACUAAUAAUGAUAAUAAUUUUAAUUUAUUAAAAAAAUAUGAAUCCAUAUUUUCAGGUUUAUAUAAUGAUGAAGUUUAUAAAACUUAUGAACUUUAUUUAUCUGAUGAGAAAAAUAUAAAAGGUACAUAUAACAAUUUAAAAGAUAUUAAAUAUAAUAAAAAAAUAAAAGAAUUGAAUGAUGAAACACUUGAUAAGAAGGAGUUAAGAUAUAUAUGGAUAAAUAUUAAAUCAAAUGAGGAAAAUAAAUAUUUUUAUAUGAUUACAAAAAUAUAUAAAAUGUUAAUGCAUAUGAAAAUAAAAUAUAAGGAAGAUAAUAUUUUUACAAAUGAUCUUUGGAAGGAUUGUUAUUCAAAUUAUCUUUCUGAAAAAAAAAAUGUAGAACAUUUAUUGAAAGAAAUGUUUGAUGAUUGGUUGGUUCAUGGUCAUAUUAAAUUAGAUGAAUUCAAAAUUGUUGUAUUAGGUACAAAACUAAUUUAUAGACAAUUAUUAAAUAAUAUUAAAAAAGAAAAUAAAGAAAUUAUAAUUAAUGCAUUCAAAGGAAAAUUGCAAGAAAAAAAAUUACGAAAUAGUAAAAUAGCGCAAAUGUAUAAAAUGGACUUUGAAAAGAAAAAUGAAAAAAAGAAAAAUAAAUUUUUAAAUUAUUAUUUAAAAAAAAAAAAUCAUUAUCCAGAAAUGAAUGAUAAAAUAUUUAUCAAGGAUAACAAGCAUAUGAGUGAUGUAAAUUAUUAUUUGGAGGAAAAUACGAAUGAAAUUAAACAUAUAGAUUCUGAUGUUGAUGAUGCUGAGACGGAAUGGUAUGAUACAAAGUUAUUAUUAGAUGAGAAAAAGAAAGAAGAAGAAACAAAAAAAGAAGAAGGCAUAAAAAAAGAAGAAGACGUAAAAAAAGAAGAAGAUAUAAUUAAAGAAAAUGAUGGAAAAGUUGGGAUACAAUAUGAUGAAGACGAUGUAGCUGACACAGAAGAAGAUGGUGUAAAGAAACCAAAGGAAUAUAAUGCUAACGAAUUUAUAGAAAAAUAUGAAAAUGUGAAAGUUCACAAAAAAAAAAAAAAAAAACAUGUAAAGGAAGAAGAAGUUAAUGUAUCUGAUGAUGAAAGUAUGGCAACAUAUUUUGAUGAUACAUCAUCUUAUUCUGAUAUUUCUUCUUUAAAUAGCGAAGAUUCUUCAUCAAAGGAAAAAAAUAUAGAGACAUAUUCAUCAAAAAAAGAAGAAUUAUUAGAUGCAGGUGAAACACAAGGAGAUAAAUCAGUACCAAAAGUAACUGACGUAAAAGAUGAUGAUUCUUUAUUAGAAGAUCAAUAUUCUUUUGGUAACAAACCCAUAGUUUAUGAAGAAGAAAGCGAUGCUGGAGAAACACGUAUGAAAUUUUCAUAUGGUAAACAGCAUAGAAAACAAAAGAAGAAAAAGAAAAAUUUUCGAAGAACCCUUGUCUAG